CACCGAGGACUGGUCGCGUAAAAAUAAUUUGAAAAAAUGCGAAGUUAGCGCGCGGUGAAGGGAACGCGCGAAUGAUUUUCUACAGGUAGUUUAAAAAUGGCGACUGACAGGUACGCGUUGGCCCGCGUGCACGGCGCCGCGACGAGCACGGACGCGCCGUGAUUCUUCGGGAAGUUAAAAGGAGGCAGGAGGCUCUCGUUCAGCCUGAAGUUCAAUUUCGUACAGUGAGAUCGGCCGUAACACCGGUGAGACCGUAUGGAUUGCGUUGUGCUUUCAUCGAUCAACACGGUGACUUUCUCUCCUCGCGACACUCCGCUUUUCAGCGAGAACUUCUCGGCGAGACGAAAGAUUUGUCUGUGUCCCCGCCCCCGCGCCUCUUCACCGUCUCGUGCCGAACGAACAAGUGGAAAAAGAAAAUCGAACGAAUGAACGAACGAACGAGCGAACUUCCGCAUUCCGCUGGAUCGCGAACGAAUAAGUGAACGAACGAGCGAUCACACUUGCCGAUGUAAAUACAGCUGUAAAAAUUACAAACAUAUAGCCAUGGAACAUUCUGAUUUAGUGGCAGAAAUGGUACAUAUAGAAAGAUUAACAACACAAGAGAGAUUACAUUUGGCUCGUCACAGAAGACUCCAACAAUUGAAAGUAUGGCGGCAACGUGAGAAAGAAUGGAUGCGACAUCAAACCAGACAUACAAGUAACAAACGUCACAUAUAUUUUAGUGACAGUGUGAUGCUGUUAGAAGCUGCAGCAAGAAAUGACAUUGACGAAGCUUAUGCUUUAGUGAGGAGACUUUUGAAGAAAGGAGUGAAUCCAGAUUCAACAAAUGAGGAUGGACUGACAGCUUUACAUCAGUGUUGUAUAGAUGACAAUGAAGAAAUGAUGAAACUGCUAAUUGAAUUUGGUGCAAAUGUUAAUGCAGAAGAUAGUGAAAAAUGGACACCAUUACAUGCUGCUGCUACUUGUGGUCAUUUGCAUUUAGUUAAAAAUCUCAUUGCUAAAGGUGCCAAUUUAUUAGCUGUUAAUGCUGAUGGUAAUAUGCCUUAUGAUAUUUGCGAAGAUGAAAAGACGUUAGAUUGUAUUGAAGGAGAAAUGGCUCGACGAGGUGUUACUCAAGAAUUAAUAGAUGAAACUAGAGCUUCAAUAGAAGUUCAGAUGUUACGAGAUUUACAAAAUAUAGCUUCUAUAGGUGGUGAUCUAGAAUAUAAAGAUCAUCAGGGUGCUACACCUCUUCACAUUGCAGCUGCAAAUGGUUAUUUAAGGGUAGUUGAAUUUCUUUUAGACCAACAUGUUUCGACUGAUGUUGAAGACAAUGACAAAUGGCAACCAGUUCAUGCAGCUGCUUGCUGGGGUCAUUUAGAAGUUCUCGAAUUACUAGUACAAAAUGGAGCUGAUUUAAAUGCAAAAAAUAAGCACGAUGAAACACCAGCUGAUAUCUGCGAAGAUCCGGAAAUUAGAGAAAGAAUAGUAGAACUCAAAACGGAGCAAGAAAGUAAACGAUUGCGAGAAGCACAGGGAAGACGGGUACGCAGAUCUCAAAGUAUAAAUACACGUACUCAGAGUGUAAGAAGAACUUCAAUAAGGGAUAAAGUUUUGACUACGAAAAAAGAUGCUCAAGAAGAAGCUCGUCUUAGAUUACAAGCACAACAGACAUACGUUGGCGGUUCGACUACGAAUGUUCCACAAUCAGAAAAUGAUGCUAACGUACGAGAAAAUACAAGCAGCGAGACUGAUUCUAGCGCACCACCAACAGCUGUACGUAAAGCCCCUGAGGGGAAGGAUAAUGAGUCCUUCCUUCACGAGGACGUCGAUAAAGAAUCAGUGACAGGAUCUGACUCACCAAUCGGUAAUCAACAGCCGAUCUACGCAUCGGAUGGCGACACCAACGGCAAGAUCAACAUACAUGUCUCAGUAGUUUUUGUCAAAUCGUUAUCGGACUUGAAGAAACAGAGAGCACAGAACCGACAUAUAUCCGCCGGAUCGAUCGAUGCCAAUGGGAAUGGUAUUCCUGUGUCGCCUAUCACCAAUACCGAGCUCAACGCUAGCAGAGACUUUCAACGAUUCACUGGAAACACCAGCGACAUUGUCGGUGAUAGUCAUUCUGAAAAGAGUUGCUGCACCGUCAUGUAAUUACCUCUAGUUACACAUGUACUUUCUUUCUCGUCACUGUUUCCUUUACGAAUCGUUUAAUUCCAUUUUAUUCACUUCUUCAUACACGUAUAAUUUUAGUACUUAUAAAUCUGUGUAUCUAUUCCAUAGAAAAUUGUAGAUAAUUAUACCAAACGAGAUUUUAUUUAAACACAAAUGGUGCAAAUUGGCACCAUUUCGGUCUUUUGUUCUUUUUUUUUUUUUUUUUUUUUUUAAUGUCCUCUUGAACCUUGAUUAAUUCUGUGAACUACUUGCAUACGCUUUUGAAGGGAAAUGAUGUCUUAAAACACAGCGCUCAUAAAUCCGAGGUAACGAGAUCGUGUAGGCCUCUAAUAUGAUGUAUUGUACUUAAGCGAGUAAUUAAGUAACUGCGAUACAAUAUUAACUGAAUUUAUAGUUACGUUUCGAAUAUGUACAGAAUUUUAUUUAUUACAGCGGAAGAAGUAAUGUAUAUUUUAAAUAGUAAUUAUUCAAUUGUAUAUUGCGCAAAAAACCACGUUCUUACGACUACUAUGUAUGAUAUCAUAUAGAAUAUUUCUCGUGUUUUUUAUAAGAAUGUUAGUUAUAAAUAAUAUUUUUUAUAUUCAUUUAGAUAUACAUAUUUUUACGAGUACGUUUAUUUGUAAAUUUUGAUGUGUGCCGAUAUUCUACAAUAGUACGAUAUCCUGUGUUUUUUUCUUAAAUAUAUAUCGCAAAUUACAUGAUA